AUGCAAAUUGAUAAACCGUUAACAACUAACAAUGAUGAAGUAGAUUCUUGGUCGUUUCAAAUUAAUCCAACUUCACAAGACCAUCCCAUCUCAUCACAACCGCUCGUUUCCCCACAAGCCCGUCUUUCGCGCAAGAUUCUCGGUGCAGACACUAUUUUGCGCAAAAUUAAAAAGAAAACAUCAAGCAAACAUCUUACAGCUAAAGCAAAGCGACGUCAAAAAAAAGGGUUGAGUAGAGCUUUGAUGAAUAUAGAAAAAGCAGAAGUUAAAAUUGCUAAAGUGACUGACAGAGUUACUCUGAAAAAGAAGAUUAAAAACAUUUGGGGAUGA